UCCCUGCGAAUUGUCACGAAGGCAAAAGUCUUCACGACAGUUCCGAGGGUAGAUAAAUGGCUCCCAAGAAGGGUUGACGGGUUUUAGUGGGUGUGGUCUGGUAGCACUUCGACAGCUUAUUUUGUUUCCUCUCCUUUUUUUUACCAACCUCACAUAACCUUGACAUGCGGAAGCCAAGAUAUCUGUAUACAGAUUUCCCAAAAGUUCCUAAGCAAAAAAAAAAAAAUCCCCGCGAAUCGUAAUAGUCUGAACUCGGUAGUUUAGCUCAAUUUUCUUUCUUACCGUCUCCAAUUUGUAUUUUACCUAGAAUUUUAGAACGCACGUGGUUUAAUAGAACGAUGUAUAUUAUUGUCAGAUAGCGAUAACAGUUGACAAUUUAUUUUCAAAUAUUGUUUACUAUAUACUAUACAUGUUUUUUUAAAUAUAUAAUAGUGUGUUAUUAUAUUAAAAAAUAAUGCCUGCAGUUUGUUGCAUAAAUGGUUGUGAUUCUGGCCGUCGUACGAAAAUAAAAUCAAAAAUCUGUCCAAGUUUAUUUUCAGCAAAUACGGACGAAAUAUUUCGUAUUUGGUCCGAUGCAAUUGCACCACAUACAACAAAAUUAUAUACAAAAAAUAGAAAAAUAUGCGAAUUACAUUUUCGCGCCGAGGAUGUUGAAAAGGAUUUUGUUACAAAAUUAAAAGAUGGCACAAUUCAUAAAAUACCACGAGGUAGACCAGCUUUAAAAAAAGAUGCUGUGCCUGUGAUUUUUCCAAUUAUUAAAAGUGAACCAAUUAAAAAUGAUUGGGAAGAUUUUUUAUUAAAAUUUAAUGAUAGUGAAAACAAUAUCUACGAUAUAAUUAAAAAUCAUCUCGACAUUAUUCCUUUACCAUCAAAAUUAUGGUCUGUAUUUAAUAAUUGUACAGAAAAUUUUAUUGCUUGGAUUGAAAUUUGUAAUGAUAAAAAAUACAGUAUGAAACGAGUAAUGUUACUACCGGAUCUGAGAAUAAAAAUAACAAUUGGCGAAAUAGAGAUAAAAAUUUUGCCUCAAGUAAUUUCUACCAUUGACGAAAUUCCAAAAUUGAUUAAAUUAACGUCGACAUUAUUACCUUGUUACACUGAAAGCACAGAAAGGUCGAAAAAUUGUAUUGGUUACGUUUCUUCAAAAUUGAAAGGUACUUUUGGUCCUCAAAGUAAAUUUUGCUUGGAGUGUAAAAAAUUUAAGAAAAUACAAUUGAAACAAAAAAAGAGGGAAAUGAUGGAAAAAACAAAAAGAGCACUUUUAAAGAAGAAAAUUAGGGAAAAGAUAAAAAAAAUUCAACGAUGCAAUAAUAAUUUAAAAAAAAAAUUUCUUGUUUCUACAUCAAAAGAAUUUUAGUAUUAUUUUAAUAUAAAAAAAACUGUACAGUAUAAUUUUUACGAGUUAUUUUAAAAAAAGAACUGAAAUAAUAAAUAUUCUGAUAUAAUA